AUGUCGCGCGGCGCGCUCGAGUUCGCGCCCCAUCACGCGCUGGGCGGCGGCGUCCUGCUCGGCCUGGCCGUGAUCGGCAAGCUCGCGCUCACCGGGCGCGUGCUCGGCGUGAGCGGCGCGUUCAAGGGGCUCGUGCGGGGCGAUCGCGCGCCGUGGCGCGUCGCCUUCGUCGGUGGUUUGCUCGCCGCGGGGGCGUGCGCGCGCGAACUCGGCGCGCUGGACGCGAGCGUGUCGACGGCGAUGGUGAGCGGCGCGCGCGCGGCGUGCGCGGGGGCGCUGGUCGGCGUCGGCACGGCGAUGGGACGGGGGUGCACGAGCGGGCACGGCAUCGUCGGCAACUCGCGGCUGAGCGCGCGGAGCGCGGCGUACACGGUGACGUUCAUGCUGGCGGGAGCGGUGACGGCGACGAUGUUCGACACGAACGAGGCGCUGGGGGUGGACUCGACGCGAUACACGCUCGGGCGAGGGGCGCGGAGCGCGGAGGCGGAUGAAUUCGGGCUGUGGGUAAAAGUCGGCGCGGCGAGCGCGUGCGCGUUCGCCGCGGCGUGGUUUUACAUCGCGCGCGCGAUCAAGACGGGGAGUGACGAUGGGAAGGAGGGACCGAGCGCGGCGAAGCGACACGCGAUCGACGUCGUCGUCGACGGCGCCGCUGGGUUUACGUUUGGCCUAGGGCUGGCGGUGAGCGGGAUGAUGUCGCCGGCCAAAGUGUCGGGAUUUCUGAGCGUCACGCGAGCGUCUUUCGACCCUUCGUUGAUGUUUGUCAUGGGCGGCGCGAUGGCGGUGACGAUGAUCGGCAUGCGCGUCAUCGGCGCGCACACCGGUCGCCGACCGGCGUGCUCGUACAACUCGUUCGACUUCUCGUCGAACACCAAAAUCGAUAAACCUCUGCUGUUGGGCGGCGUGUUAUUCGGCGCGGGCUGGGGCUUGGCCGGCAUUUGCCCCGGUCCCGCCAUGGUGUCCUCCGUCGCGACGCCGAGCGCGGAAAACUUGAUGUGGAUCGCCUCCUUCAUCGCGGGCAUGUGGGCGCACGAACGCGCCGCCGGGUGA